CGGAAGCCGCAAGGGCUGUGGGGCCGUAGGCGGGGCGUCCCGAGGAGACGCAGGGGACCUCGGGAGGGUUGGGGCCUCGGAGUCCCGGCCUGAAGGGGGAAGGGGCUCCGGAGCUGCGGUGGCAGGGAGGCAAGAUGACUUCUCUCCCCCAAGCUUGGAACAGCUGAAGGAAACAACAGUACAAGAUGAGAACAACAAAGGUCUACAAACUCGUCAUCCACAAGAAGGGCUUUGGGGGCAGUGAUGAUGAGCUAGUCAUGAACCCCAAAGUGUUUCCUCACAUCAAGCUUGGAGACAUUGUGGAGAUUGCUCACCCCAAUGAUGAAUACAGCCCUCUGCUUUUGCAGGUCAAAUCACUUAAGGAAGAUUUACAGAAAGAAACUAUUAGCGUGGACCAGACCGUGACUCAAGUGUUCCAUCUAAGACCUUAUCAAGAUGUUUAUGUGAAUGUUGUAGACCCUAAGGAUGUGACCCUUGACCUAGUGGAAUUAACCUUUAAGGAUCAAUAUAUUGGCCGAGGGGAUAUGUGGCGAUUAAAGAAAAGUUUGGUCAGCACAUGUGCCUAUAUCACUCAGAAGGUGGAAUUUGCUGGCAUCAGGGCACAGGCUGGUGAGCUGUGGGUCAAGAAUGAAAAGGUCAUGUGUGGUUAUAUCAGCGAAGAUACCAGGGUGGUGUUCCGUUCUACGUCGGCUAUGGUUUACAUAUUUAUUCAGAUGAGCUGUGAAAUGUGGGAUUUCGAUAUUUAUGGGGAUCUAUAUUUUGAGAAAGCUGUGAAUGGUUUCCUUGCUGAUCUCUUUACCAAGUGGAAGGAGAAGAACUGUAGUCAUGAAGUGACAGUGGUCCUAUUUUCUAGAACUUUCUAUGAUGCAAAAUCUCUUGAUGAAUUUCCUGAAAUAAACCGAGCCUCAAUUCGACAGGAUCACAAGGGACGGUACUAUGAAGACUUUUAUAAAGUGGUGGUGCAGAAUGAGAGGAGAGAAGAGUGGACAUCACUCCUUGUGACCAUUAAAAAACUCUUUAUCCAGUAUCCAGUGUUGGUGCGACUGGAACAGGCAGAGGGCUUUCCUCAAGGAGAUAAUUCUACCUCAGCACAAGGAAACUACCUAGAGGCCAUCAAUCUGUCAUUCAAUGUGUUUGACAAGCACUACAUCAACCGCAACUUUGACCGAACUGGGCAGAUGUCUGUGGUGAUCACACCUGGGGUGGGUGUGUUUGAAGUGGACCGUCUACUCAUGAUCUUGACCAAGCAGCGAAUGAUAGAUAAUGGAAUUGGUGUGGACUUGGUGUGCAUGGGGGAGCAACCAUUACAUGCUGUCCCAUUGUUCAAGCUACAUAAUCGAAGUGCACCUCGUGAUUCUCGGCUGGGCGAUGACUAUAAUAUUCCUCACUGGAUAAACCACAGUUUCUAUACGUCUAAAAGCCAGCUCUUUUGUAACAGUUUCACCCCGCGAAUAAAACUGGCAGGGAAGAAGCCUGCCUCUGAGAAAGCAAAAAAUGGCCGUGAUACAUCUCUUGGGACUCCAAAAGAAUCUGAGAACGCCCUUCCCAUCCAAGUAGAUUAUGAUGCCUACGACGCCCAAGUGUUCAGGCUGCCAGGCCCAUCCCGGGCUCAGCGCCUCGCUACCUGCAGAUCUGUGCGAGAGCGGGAGAGUCAUAAUCGAAAGAGCGCCAGCUCCUGUGAUGUCUCAUCCAGCCCUUCCCUGCCCAGCCGCACACUGCCCACUGAGGAAGUGCGGAGCCAGGCUUCUGAUGACAGCUCCCUGGGCAGGAGUGCCAACAUCCUGAUGAUCCCGCACCCCCACCUGCACCAGUAUGAAGUCAGCAGUUCCUUGGGCUACACCAGCACUCGAGAUGUCCUGGAGAACAUGAUGGAGCCACCACAGCGAGACUCUAGUGCGCCGGGAAGGUUCCAUGUAGGCAGCGCAGAAUCCAUGCUGCAUGUUCGACCUGGGGGAUACACGCCCCAGCGGGCACUGAUUAACCCCUUUGCCCCCUCACGAAUGCCCAUGAAGCUCACAUCCAACAGAAGGCGCUGGAUGCACACUUUUCCUGUGGGACCAUCCGGAGAGGCCAUCCAGAUCCAUCACCAGACCCGACAGAAUAUGGCGGAGCUGCAGGGCAGCGGGCAGAGGGACCCAACUCACUCCUCUGCAGAGCUGCUGGAGUUAGCGUAUCAUGAAGCUGCUGGAAGGCACAGCACUUCCCGCCAGCCUGGUGACAGCAUGUCCUUCUUGAACUUCAGUGGAACAGAAGAGCUUUCUGUCAGCCUGCUUAGCAACAGUGGUGCAGGUAUGAAUCCUAGGACCCAAAACAAGGAUUCUCUAGAGGACAGUGUUUCUACCUCUCCAGAUCCAAUUCUGACACUGUCUGCUCCCCCUGUAGUGCCAGGCUUCUGUUGCACAGUUGGAGUGGACUGGAAGUCUCUCACUACUCCGGCGUGUCUCCCCCUCACCACCGACUACUUCCCUGACCGCCAGGGCCUGCAGAACGACUACACGGAGGGCUGUUAUGAUCUCCUCCCAGAAGCAGACAUCGACAGGAGGGAUGAGGAAGGUGUGCAGAUGACGGCCCAGCAGGUGUUUGAAGAGUUCAUCUGCCAGCGUCUCAUGCAGGGCUACCAAAUCAUAGUGCAGCCCAAGGCACAGAAACCCAACCCUGCUGUCCCACCCCCGCUGAGCAGCAGCCCACUCUAUAGCCGAGGCCUUGUGUCCCGAAACUGCCCUGAGGAGGAGGACCAGUACUGGCUGAGUAUGGGCAGAACGUUCCACAAAGUGACGCUGAAGGAUAAGAUGAUCACAGUGACACGUUACCUUCCCAAGUACCCUUAUGAAUCCGCCCAGAUCCACUACACCUACAGCCUCUGUCCCUCCCACUCGGACUCAGAGUUCGUCUCCUGUUGGGUGGAAUUCUCCCAUGAGCGGCUGGAGGAGUACAAGUGGAAUUACUUAGAUCAGUAUAUCUGUUCUGCUGGGUCUGAGGACUUCAGCUUAAUUGAGUCUCUGAAGUUCUGGAGGACCCGCUUCCUGCUGCUGCCAGCCUGUGUCACUGCCACCAAGCGCAUCACAGAGGGGGAAGCCCACUGCGACAUCUAUGGGGACAGGCCCCGGGCGGAUGAAGAAGAAUGGCAGCUCCUGGAUGGUUUUAUCCGCUUCGUGGAGGGUUUGAACCGGAUCCGCAGGCGGCAUCGCUCAGAUCGCAUGAUGCGGAAAGGGACCGCCAUGAAAGGCUUACAGAUGACCGGGCCCAUUGCCACACACUCCCUUGAGUCUACCGGCCCCCCAGUUGGCAAGAAGGGAACAUCAGCUCUGUCUGCCCUGUUGGAGAUGGAGGCCAGUCAGAAGUGCAUGGGAGAACAGCAGGCAGCUGUGCACAGUGGCAAGAGCUCCUCCCAGCCAGCGGAGAGCAGCAGCGUUGCCAUGACUCCCACCUACGUGGACAGCCCACGAAAGGACGGGGCCUUCUUUAUGGAGUUUGUCCGCAGCCCGCGCACAGCGUCGUCCACCUUCUACCCGCAGGUAUCUGUGGACCAGACAGCCACCCCGGUGUUGGACAGCACCAGUCUGGGGGUAAGCACAGGCCAGUCUGUGGACAGAGGCAGCAGCCAAGCCUUUGGGAACUCCCAGAAUUCAGGGGAACAGAGCUUCCUCUCUGCAAACUCCAGUGACAGCAGCUCUCAGCAGUUGGCAGCAAGCUCCUUAACCUCAUCCUCCACCCUGACGGAGAUCCUAGAAGCCAUGAAGCACCCCUCGACAGGAGUCCAGCUGCUCUCGGAACAGAAGGGCCUCUCGCCAUACUGCUUCAUCAGUGCGGAGGUGGUGCACUGGCUGGUGAACAAUGUGGAGGGUGUCCAGACGCAGGCAAUGGCCAUCGACAUCAUGCAGAAAAUGCUGGAAGAGCAGCUCAUCACACACGCAUCUGGUGAAGUCUGGCGGACCUUCAUCUACGGCUUCUAUUUCUACAAGAUAGUCAUGGACAAAGAACCUGACCGAGUGGCCAUGCAGCAGCCCACUACCUGGCACACGACAGCAGUGGAUGACUUCGCCAGCUUCCAGCGCAAGUGGUUUGAGGUGGCCUUUGUAGCUGAAGAACUCUUACACUCCGAGAUUCCUGCUUUCCUCUUGCCCUGGCUGCCCAGCCGGCCAGCCUCCUAUGCAAGCAGACACAGCUCUUUCAGCCGAAGCUUUGGGGGGCGGAGCCAGGCAGCUGCACUUUUAGUUUCCAGAUCCUCAGAUUCACUUGGAUCCAGACAGCUUUGACCUCACCUUAUAGCCUCACCCCAGCACUGUGAGAACUGGGGCAUGGAGAAGACAAAACUGAAGAGAGUGGCUCCUCUGUCCCCCAGGUAGUCACGCCUUCCCCUCUGCCUUGUUUUGCAUUUCUAAUUCUCCACCUUCUUGAAAUCUUUUGGAAACAAAGAGGCCACAUACUCCCUACCUGCUAGUUACCAGUAGCACCCCACCCUCAAGUGUGACAGAAUAUCUCCUGACAUUGCCCAACGUCCCUGCUUACUCCUUGGUUUGAGUUACUGCUCCUGGAAAAUGCUUAGGAACUUUUCCCUUUGCGUCAUCACCCUGGUUCUGGAGGCUAUCUUGACAGUUUCUGUAUGAACAUCCUCAUUUCCAGAGUCUCCUCCAGCAGGCUGGUAGAACUUUCUCUUGCCCACCAUAGUCCCAGGCUCAAGAUGAGAUUCAAAUCAUUUCAGUUUAGCUUUGGUUAAAAGAUACUUUUAACCAGUUUACUUCAGAAAAUUGCACAUAAAGAGGAGCAGCAUAUGGAAAAAUAAGUCAUCUGUCCAAAACAUAGGGAGAGUAAGGGAGAAGAGAGGAUUUAUGUUUUUGGCAGGUAGUUUAUUAAGCAGGCAUUCUUCACUGGUGUCUGCACAUGGGCAUUAGGGGGUCAGCAUUGAUUCUGAAACUAGACAGUCUCACAUGCAUGCAUAUUUUCUUGAAGAUAUCCCUUUAUUAGCUUUCCAGUGGCUCCCAUGAUUGUUACAGGGGAAUUUCACUCAUCUGCUUCUUUUCCCAUCACCCCUCCAACAGGAAGUGAGUUUCUUGUCCUUUUAAACCUGACACAGCAUUAUUACUGCUAAUUCUAUCUGGUAACACCCCUCAGACCUUUGUGUUAAAAUAUGAGAUACUUUUCCCCAUCUUUUUUUUCAGGUUAGAAUAUAGACUUCUGCUGUGUCAUUUACCUAAGUGAGAAAGAUGAGUUGUUUUUGAAUUGGACUGUCUUCAGUGUUGGGGUUUUUCCUCAGGAAAAAAAAUUAACAUGAUUUAUAGGGGGAAAGGGGCCGAUGUAUCAUUUAUGACCUGCUCCCUUUUUUGUUCGUUUUGACAUGUUCCUCUUUAAACAUUUCUGAUUCUUAACUGGAAAGCUGUUUUUCUCAGCAGAAAGCUGUUUUAAUAUGCCUGAUGAUGCUGCACAGUCCUACCUGCCCUGGCCUGUGGUGACUCCCACUCCCCCACUCAUGUCACCCUGUGUCACUGAGCUAUGAAGCCAUAGGGGCAUCUGAGACUCUGGAAGAAGCAGCACCAAGUCCCUUAAGCCCACGCAGAUACCUUUUACUUCUCAGCUUUUUCUUGAUAACCCCACUAGGUCUCAGGGUCAGAAGAGGCUGCUGAGCAUCUUGGUCCAAACCCUGACGUGUGAAUAUUUUCCAUCCCACUCCUAAUAAGUGGGGAGCCAGCUGCUCCCUGAAAACUCUCAACAGGACACUCACUCUUGUGACUACUUUUUCUGUUAUUGGGCAGCUCCGGUUGUUAACGUUGAUCUCCAGUGUCCUACCUGAGACUGCACUCUCUCCUCCAGUGGCACUGAUCCCCUGCCCAGGUCAUUGCUAGCCCCCUCGCUGUGACCCUGGUAAAGGAUGCUCAGUCUGCUCCUUCUCUGGGUUUGUACUUAUUUACUGGGACUCACUAUAUCUCACUGUCCCAAGGUGAAUAAGUCUGUUCUUAUGGAAGUAAGGAGUGAUUCAGAAAAGGCGCUGAAAGCUGCAACUUGGCUGGGGCUUACACCCUUGCCAACAUCAGCCUGCUGGCCGCAUCCAUACUGUCAGAUCUCACUCCUGAAGUAUGAAGCCAGUGGUAUCUUGAGCCUAUAACUGUUUACUUGGCUGAACAGUAUACUUCCUUGGGCUUCCUCAAGGCUUGGGCCACCAGCCUGUUCUGAACUGAAUAUGCCAGAUGGGAGAAAAGAGAUGUGCGAGAUCACUGCUGGUGUUUGUCGAGUGCCCUUUCUUUUGUGACCUGGGCUUUUCACACGGGGGAGGAAUAUACUGUCCAAGACCAGAGAACAAAGCUUUCCUCCCUUGAUUGAGGCUAUUAAGUGAAAGGCUACUGUGGUUGGGCUAUGAAUCAGGAACACAAGGCAGAGAUAAAAAUUAGUUUUGAUGAGACUUUUAGCAUUGGAGUUGCCAUGUUCUUUAGCCUGAAGUGUCAUAGAUAGCUAAGCAGUAUCCAUGGGAGUCAUUGACAGGCCUCAGAUUGAGCACUGGUGAGCUUGUAGCCUAAAUGGGGAGGAGGGAAGAACAGGAGAGCUGCAAGUGAGGUGGCUAAAGGAGAAAGCAGGAGGUAAUCUGUGACCCCUUGGCAGCCAUGUUUUACUUGAUCCUCACCCCUACUCUGUGAAGCAGCUGGGCGGGCACCAUCUCAGUUUGCAAAUGAGGAACUAAACCAGGGGAAUUGAAGAAUGUUCUCGGGCACACGGCUAAAUGGCAGAGCUCAGAUUUUCCAACUCGACAUCAAGAACAUUUCCCAUUUUACAUGUUCUGGUUUUGAGAGAAUGAUAAGCUGUAUACCCAUUCACCAUCCUAAGCCAUGGCUCCACUGCCUCCCAACAGAAGUUCAUUAAAAUUGCUGACUCAA